CCAUUGCCGACCAUAAACCAAACCCUCCUCCUCCCUCCAGCUGAACUCUGGCAUUCAAACGGAUCGUGUAGUGAACUGGAGCAUCCGCUGUCCGACGCCGAAAAUGAGCAAAUGAUACAGUCCGAUAGAGUCGAACCAUAAUGUCAUCAGCCGCCGGGUCCAGUGUGACGUUCAAGUCGGACUCGCCUUUCAAGCGACCGUCAUCGACUCCAAGAGCCGUGGCUCCUCCUUCGAGCAGCUCACAUAAUCCAGCCCAGGCACCGACGCUGAUACCGACAUCAUGGCUUGCGCCGUAUGAACAACGUCGAUUGUUCUUCGCCAUCUUCGGGUUGAUAGAGGUAAUCAAAAUCUGGGAUAUCAUCGCUCCAUAUCUCACAUCCAAUAUUGAGCCGACAUGGUCCUCUGCCUUCCGCGUUCGAGGAUGGUGGACCGCAGGUGGUUGGACGGUAUCUGAAGUGCUCAUAUUCGCCGCCGUCUCACUACUAAGAAUUCCUAUGCUGUCACCGAGUCCAAAGCAGUUGGUUCAGCUUUCUGGAUUAAUCUUGCUGUGGAAUACGGUCUGCUGGUUUGUAGCAGAGCCCGGCUCGUUCUUCACCAGUAUACAUCUGAUCGGCCCAGCAGCGCUGGGUGGGGAGUGGUACUGGAGCUGGUGGUACUCUCUGCGUAGAUGGCGAGAACCACCUCACCUCGAAGGAAGACAUAUGAUUAGAUUACGCCCAUUCAGCACCGCGACCCUCAAUCCACUAUCCUUAUCUUAUUGUAUCCCUCCGGACUCUACGCAGCCGCUCUACGUCCCCAUAGUCUUCAACAACUCCGUCCCUGACGAAAUCUCCUACUACAGUCGAUCACUCUCAGAUGGAACACAUAGCACCAAGACCGUCGCUGGUUCCUCGCUCAAGCGCUCGUCGAGCCAUAGACCACAUCUGCGCAUAGCAAACUCCCCCGCCGGCAGUCCUGUAGAGGAUGACGAAGAUCCGGUCGUCGAUCCUCUUUCCGCCGUUGUCUUACGCGCUAAGGCAAAUAAUGAGAUCGCCAAACUUCCUUCCGUCAAACCCGCAGAUUCCCUCACUCUUAUACCUCCAGAUCUCCUCUCCACCCAAUCAGUCUUGUAUCUACCGGUCGACAAGCCCAGUAUCAUUCAUCUGAAACAUGCGAUCGACAAGUUAGGCGAUAGGUUUCACAUUACACCACAGAAAGAAGCCGUCAUCGUGGAGUGCCCAAGCGCAGACGAAACUGAUCAAAGCGGUCGGCUAAUCAAGAUUGGUAAAUCCAAGACACCUUCACCGGAACAACGUUGUGUUGGGGAAGACGAGAUCAUUUACUUCAACGCUCGAGGCGCGGGGACAUUGAAGGCGAAUUGGAGAAAGCGAUCAGGCGAAGGUCAAAUGAUCUCAGGCACUAUCGAAGGGAUCCAAGACGACUCAAUAGCAUCGGACGAAAUGUCCCUCAUUCCCAGAGAGCGCAUCACCAAGACCCACUCGGUGCCCAUCCGCGUCGUACAUGAUCGACCUGGCCAGUUCGCUGUAUCUCUGACCAGUAUUACCGACUCGCUACACAACAAUUAUGUUCCUGGUCCCGCAUCGGAACGAAUAUUCAACGUUCUGCCUAGACCCAUGGCCAAAUUCGACUGCAAGCAGAGCCGGGAGCUCUUAGUUGGGCAGACGACCACGUUACCUCUCUUGCUGGCGGGUAUCGGGGAGCAGCCAUCAGACCUUCUCUACACAUUUCAUCCUGUCGAUGGAAGCCCUGAGGAGAAGUCUAUCAAAGUGGCUAGACGAGGCGAAGUGAUAGUGGUGUCACAGCCUGGAUCCUAUGUCUUGCAAAGUAUUAGUGGCCCGUGUAAAGGCGACAUCAUGGAGCCGUCAUCAUGCAGAGUUCAACUAAUUCCUCCGCCAGCGGUUGAGCUGUCAAUGACAACUCUACAUGAGUGUGCGAUGGACGUCGGCGUGACUGUUGGUUUCGAGUUCACAGGUUCAGCACCUUUCAUGGUGGAGUAUACAGAGAAGCGCCAAAAUGGCAAGUCUAUCAACAAGUCUGCGCGAUUCAACGGCCAUACUGGCGAAAUCGUACUCCAGCCAGAUCAAGAGGGUCAAUAUACCUAUACAUUCAAUCACCUGACAGAUGCAAAAUACAAGCAAGUCAAGCUUGACAAGCCCCCAAUCGAGCAGACUGUGCAUCCCCUUGCCAAUGUGGAGCUCUUAGGGCCGAAAAAGCGCAAACUUUUUGCUUGUUCUGGGAACGAGGUGGAACUGGAGUUUGAGGCAAAGGGCGCCGAUCCACUCCAUCUUACCUAUCUCGAAUCCUGGGCUGGCAAGUCGAGGAACACGACGAUCCAUAUUCCUGCACGCAGACAAAAGAUCAUGGUCACUCUACCACCGGAGCUCUCCGCUGAACGCGGAGGCUCUGGUCGUUAUUCCGUUUCCCUCUUGUCGAUCACGGAUGGCAAUGGAUGUUCGCGAAAGCUUUCGGUGCCGACCGUCGAUGUAGACAUCGAUCGUCAAAAGCCCACAGCCAGAUUUGCAAACAUUGACGAUGUCAUCAUGACGGAGGGCGAAUCUCACAGGGCUGCCUUGCGAUUGACCGGUAUGGCUCCAUGGUCAAUACUAUACGACACAGAUGGCGGAUCACCACAGCGGGUAUCCGUCCAUGAUCCCAACGGGUUUCUGAACCUGGCUCGCAAAGGAAGAUAUCGACUGCUCGAAGUCCGAGACGAGAACUGUCAGGGCGACAUUUCGCAGACGGCGAGCUCGUUUAAUAUCGACUUCAAGCCUCGUCCCAGCUUUAGCUUCCAGCCAUCUGCCAACGUCAUAUUGGAUGGACAGAUCUGGCGUCACCCCGGCACUUGCGCAGGAGAGGAAGAAGAUGUACCGCUGCUCUUCUCCGGCCAAGCCCCGUUCGAGCUGGCUUAUCGGUACACUUCAGAAGGCAAGACUUCUCGGCAUUCCCUCAAAAGCGCUCCAUCCCGGGCCUCUCUCCAGCUCUCUUCCGAACCUGGUCAUCACCGGUACGAUUUCCUGGAGGCUAAGGAUCUCAACUACCCUUCGACAAGGCUUUCACUUGUCCUCGAACACGAUGUCUAUGGACGGCCUUCAGCAUCUUUCACCAAACCCAACUCUCGGCCCAUGUGUCUAGAUGGCCUUUUACAGGGAGACGCCAAGAUUCGCCUGCUAGGUAAAGCACCUUUCACUUUGGAGCUCGGAGUCAGACGACCAGCCAGUUCCAGGCUUGAAACAUUCACCUUGCCUCUGACGUCCAACGAAUGGACCAUGGACCUCCCGUUGACCGUUAAGGACGCCGGGCGACACGAGAUUCACAUCUUGUCCGUUUCUGAUGCUUCUGGCUGCGAGCAAGAUGUCAAAGAUUCCGACGUAAGGAGCACAACAAUGGACGUGGUGGAAUCGGCUCGCAUCGUCCCUGUCACCCAGGUUCAGGAUCUCUGCGCAGGAGAUACUCUUGAUUUCUUGUUACAAGGCAAAGCGCCAUGGACCGUGGAAUACGAAUGGCUAGGGAAAAAGCACAAAGUCACCAGCUCUUCUUCUCAAUUUUCUCGAUAUGCAGAAGAGCCAGGCACAUUUAUCGUCAAAUCCGUGGCUCUCAAGGACAACCAGUGUAAGCGAGAGAUUUCAGAUUUGAAGAGACGGGUACAUCCUCUCCCGUCGGUUAAAGUCCAGGAAGGCGUGGCACACUUGAGGGAAGGUGACGACCCAGCAUCGUUUAGCGUCACGUUCGAAGGCACGCCGCCUUUUAGCUUCACUUACACUCGUAGCGAGAUGGUCGGGUCGAGAUCAAAGAUUGUCGAGACGCAGACUGUCUCUGACAUCAUGAAAUUCUCGUACACCAUCUCGUCGACUUCACCUGGAGACUACGAAGUCGUAUCUGUGACGGACAAGUACUGUCGCUACCCUCGCGUAACUAGAGAUGGUUCCUGAGCAGCUGU